GGCAGAUCCUGCACAGAGCGCGUACGCGUCUCCAGCUCGGACAAACACCGGGAAAGCAAGCCCGACGGGAUACUACGCGAGAUGAGGGCUCCGUUACAAACAUCUGUGUGAUUUCCAAACCAGGAGCGAAAGCGUUGAUGUGAAGUUUCACGCAGCUCUCCGUUGAGUUGAGAUGAAGAUCUGAGCCGCUGUGAGAGAAGGAACUUUGCGUCUUCGCGCACCCGGACGCCCUGCGGGGACAUCGGGCGCUUCAGUGAUCAGAGGACUGAACUUCUUUUCUGUAUUUUGGGGCUUUCUAGCUUACUCUGACAGAGUAGACACAGAAGGGAUCCUUUGGUGCGGAUUGUUGAAGCAUCUCCAGUUCGUGGAUGGAAUAACUCAUAAUGGAAGGGCAAUGAGACCUCUUUCUUCUGCUGCUGCUGGGCAAUAAUCCGGACUACCGCGCCAACAGGAUGCAGGAGCGGGCGCUGCAGAGGGCGUUUGCGUGGAUCGUACUGGUAUUUUUGGCCCUUGUGUUGUUUUGGGGUCAUUUGUCUGAAGCCUCUUCUCACCGCAGUCACAUCGUGCACGUGAAGGCUGGCACAUGUGAGGUGAUCGCAGCCCAUCGCUGCUGUAACAGAAAUAAGAUUGAGGAGCGAUCGCAGACGGUCAAGUGUUCCUGCUUCCCAGGACAAGUGGCAGGAACGACGAGAGCUGCACCCUCCUGUGUGGACGCAUCUAUAGUAGCUCAGAAGUGGUGGUGUCAAAUGCAGCCAUGUUUGGAUGGUGAGGAGUGUAAAGUCCUGCCCGACCUCACAGGCUGGAGCUGCAGCACGGGCAACAAGGUGAAGACAACCAAGGUGACGCGAUAGUUCCAAGCAACAAUGUCCUGGGACAAAAGAGCUGAAAAUGGAGACUAACUAGAGUCAGCAUUGAGCUUCAGCGAACAGGAUCUAUCAGUAUUAGUCAUAUGAAGAUUAUCUGCAAUCAGGAACAGACUGAUCUCCACCAUAAACAUUAGGACCAUCCUAAAGUUAAUGUGCCCUCCUCAACGGACCCCCUGGCCUUCCGGACGCUCGAUCUUCCGAAUGUGGAUCAAUAGACGCUGGAAUGGGUUGGCUGGGGGGGGCCAAUGUUCAUUUGCAGUUUAUUUGUUUUAUACAGAAGGUUUGGAUCACCUACACCAGUGCAGCCCAGUGGAGUUUAAGCUCUUCAGUAACAUGCUCUCCUUCAUUGUCCUUCAGUUCUCCCCACAAUUCCAUGAUUAUCCCUGCUCUACCUGAUCAUAAGGUCCAAUUAUUCCUUGUGGAAUCAGCAUUUAAACGUCUGGACUUCUAACGGACUCAUCUGUAUAGUCUUUAUUUCUAAAUGAAAAGCUUUUCAGCCCCACAGUCUGAAACAACAGAUUAGAUGUACAAGUAUAUUCUAGAUAAUGUAAAAGUGUAAAAGAUUAAAGUGUUAUUCUCAAAAACAAGAGAAAUAAAGUUUAACGGUUAUCACUUUUAUUAUUAUCAAUGUUUUUAUCCAGCCUGGUAACUGCUAUUGA